AUGGCACCUCCUGUUUUACGUCCAGAGAAUGCUCUUAAGAGAGCUGAAGAAUUAAUUUCUGUUGGAGAAGAACAAGCUGCUUUGCAAUCGUUAUAUGAUUUUAUAACCGCUAGAAGAAUUCGUUGGGCUCAACCAUCUCUUGUCGAACCUAUUGUUUUUAAAUUUCUAGAGUUGGGUGUCCAGUUAAAGAGAGGUAGAUUAAUUAAAGAUGGUUUACAUCAAUACAAAAAGCUCGUUCAAGGCUCUACUGAAGGUUUGGUUUCUGUCGGUGCAGUUGCCCGUAAGUUUAUCGAUCUGGUCGAAACAAAAAUGGCUUCUGAACAGGCCAAAGAAGAUGAAAGAGAGGAUGAAGAUGAAGAUCUAGAAGGGGGUGUUACCCCAGAAAAUCUUUUAACUUCUGUAUAUGAACAAGAUCAAUCUGUCGGUGGUUUCAAUGAUGAAGCAAUUACCUCAUGGAUGAGAUUCAGUUGGGAAUCCUACCGUUCUGUGUUAGACUUACUACGUAACAAUUCUCAAUUAGAAAUCACCUAUUCUGGUGUUGUUACCAGAUCCAUGCUUUUCUGUUUGAACCAUAACCGUAAAAAUGAAUUCAAGAGAUUAGCAGAUGUGCUACGUCAACAUUUAGAUGCUGCUAAUUAUCAACAAAGCAAGUAUGCCACCAACGUUGUUGAUUUGAGUGAUGCUGCAACUCUAAAACGUUACUUAGACCAACGUUUCCAAUUAGUCAAUGUCUCUGUUAAGUUAGAACUAUGGCAUGAAGCUUUUAGAGCAGUUGAAGAUGUUUACCAUUUAAUGAAAAUGUCUAAAAGUGCACCAAAAAUGUCAACUUUGGCCACAUAUUACGAAAACUUAGCUAAGGUUUUCUUCGUUUCCAAUGAUCAAUUAUUACAUACCAUUGCCUACAAAAAGUUUUACAAGUUAUACUUAACCAACCCAAAGGCUGAUGAAGAGCAAUUCAAAGAAUAUGCAUCAAGAAUCUUCUUGUCUGCUUUAUCUAUUAAGUUAGAUUACUUACCACUUGUUGGGUAUGAUCCUCAAUUACGUUUAUACCGUUUGCUAAACUUGGAAUCUAAACCAACCAGAAAAGAAGUUAUUGACUCCUUAUUAGAAGAUGAAAUGUUUUUUAUGGUUGACGAAGAAAUCAAGCAAUUGUACGAAUUAGUUGAAAACAAUUUUGAUGUCUCCGCUAUAAAGGAUCAAUUAACAGUCUUGUUACCAAAACUACUUUCUAAACCAUACUUCCAACCUUACUUAGAAUCCGUCAGAGAUGUUAUUGUGAGAAGGUUAUUGCUCAAGGCUUCUGCCCAAUACACUUCUGUUUCAUUCGAAGAUCUGUUCAGCUUCCUCAGUCUACCUGAACCAAUGAAAAUUUCUAACUGGGAUAUUGAAAAGGCCUUACUACAAGCUGCUGUAGAAGAUUACGUUUCUUUUUCUAUCGACCAUGACUCAAAAACUGUUACCUUCGUCAAAGAUCCAUUUGAAGCUUUCGUUGGUGCAGCUCCAGUUGUUGAUGAGGAAGAACAAGAAGAAGAACAGCAGCGUGAAGACAAUUUGGAAGUUGAGGAUGAACUUGAUGCUAUUGAUGGUGAAGAAAAUGAAGAAGCACAAGUUGAACCUGAAAUUAUUGUUACUCGUAACUAUUACAUCCGUAACAAGUUGUCAGAAUUAUCUAAAUUCUUGAGUGAGGUCGAAUCAUACUCCGAAUCCUCUUAUAUGGAAAAGAUUAAAUUAGCCCGUGAGAACUUGAUUCAACAAAACAAGGACGCCAUUGAAAGAGCCAAGAAAGCUGCCGAAGAACGUACCAAGAAGUCCUUAGAACAAAAACAAAGAUACAUGGCUGACGCAGCUCUACAAGCUCAACAGGAUGGUGAAUUAAAGCAACAACGUAUCAUGGAAGAAAAGGCCGCAAUUGAAGCUAAACUUGCGGAGGAUGCUCGUCGUCGUUUAGUAGAAAAGAAGAAACGUGAAUUACAAGAAUUGAAAGAUAAGGAGGCAAAGAGAUUCAUUGCUGAAGUUAAUGAAAAGGGUCAUGUUUACAUUGAUCCAACUGAAGCUGCCAAGUCUGACCUCAAGGACUUAACCCAACUAGUUGUUAAACAACUUUCUAAGGAUAAAGACGAAUUAGAAGAGAAAAUUAAUUUUGCAUUGAAGAGGCUUGACCACAAUGAAAGGGCCUUAAGAAAGGUUGAAUUACCAUUGCUCCAAAAGGAAGCAAGUGCGUUGAGGGAUAUUGAUCUAAAGAAGUAUGAAACUAUGAAGUCCAAGAUUAUUGAGACCGCUAGAGCUGAACAUGAAGCCAAAUUAGCUGAGCAUUCUCGUCUGCUAAGCGUCUACGGGGACUACAAGAACAUAAAGCAGCGUUUACUUGAAGCACACAAUGUGAAGUUUGCUGAAGCUCGUAAGGAAAUGUCUGCUAAAUUAGAAGCUGCUAAACAAGCAAGAAUCACAGAAGUUCGCCAAAAGCGUUACGAGGAAGCUGUUGCUAAACAGAGACAAGAGGUUGCUGCUGCUGAAAGACAAAAGCGUGCCAAGGAACAAGAAGAAAUCUUACGCAAGCAAAGAGAAGUUGAAGAAGCAUUGGAAAGAAAGGCUGCCACCAGUAAAACUGCUACACGUGUACCAGCAACCACUCCAGUUGUUCAAAAGAGUCAAGCUGAUUUAGAUGAAGUCGCUCGUAAACAAAGAGAAGUUGAAGAAGCCUUAGAAAGAAAGACUGCCUCCGCACCAAAGAGAAGUGGUUACAUCCCACCAAGUCAAAGAGCUUCUAUGCAAAAGAGUCAGUCUGAAUUAGAUGACAUUGCUCGUAAGCAAAGAGAAGUUGAAGAAGCUUUGGAAAGAAAGGUAUCUGCAUCUAAGGCUAUGCCACGUGCUAUGCCAUCAGUUGCUCAAAAAAGCCAAGCCGAUUUAGAUGAAAUUGCUCGUAAACAAAGAGAAGUUGAAGAGGCUUUAGAAAAGAAAACGGCUCCAGCUCCAAAAAGAACGGGUUACAUUCCACCAAGUCAAAGAAGAAGACAAUAG